AUAAAUCCAUCCACUGCAAAAUCUUCAGAUACCUAUCUGUCACUGUUGUUUGUCUUUAUCUCCAUGUUUCCUUUCACUCCAAAAAAAUGAUCUUCAUGGCUGCUUCUUCUUCCAUGUGAGUUCCAUACACAACAAAAGGCCUUAAAAUUAAAUUCAAUUUCCAUGGAAACUCAAAAGCUUGUUAUCAUUAUUAUCAUACCCUUCAUUCUUCUUCUUUUCAUGAUCCCAUUCUCUUCUUCUUUUACUCCUAUAGACAACUACCUCCUAAGCUGUGGAUCACAGAACAAUGCUUCAUUCUUCAACAGGAUUUUCAUUGGUGAUGAUGGUACCAACCAAGGCUCAAACUUUCUCUCUUCUGGCAAAUCCUUUCCUCUCAGAAACCAAAACCCAAAUCCAAAGUUGCCAUCUUUGUAUCACACUGCAAGAGUUUUCACCAACAAUGGUGGCUACAGGUUCAGCAUGAGGAAAAACGGCACUCACUUGGUUCGUUUUCAUUUCUCACCUUUUAAGGCACAAGGUCAUGAUCUUAAAUCUGCAAACUUUAGUGUCUUGGUUGAUGGGAAUUUGGUUCUCAGUAGGUUCAAUUUCAAGCCAAAUAAUGAUGAUGCAAUGAUUAAAGAGUUCAUUUUGAAAUCAGAGUCUGAUUUUCUUGAAAUUAUGUUUAGGCCUUUGAGGAAUUCUGGUUUUGGAUUUGUCAAUGCUGUGGAAGUUUUUUCUGCCCCUGAUGAUUUUCUUUUAGAUUUUGGAGCUAGGUUUGUUAGUGCCUCUGGUGUUGAGGAGUACAAGAACUUCUCAAAUCAGGUUUUUGAAACUGUUCAUAGGAUCAAUGUUGGGGGUUCGAAAUUAACCCCUUUUAAUGAUACCCUUUGGAGGACUUGGAUCCCUGAUGAGGAUUUUCUUGUCUUAAAGGAAGCAGCUAAGGCUGCAGUUACCACUCACACCCCCAAUUAUCAGAAGGGAGGUGCAACCCGAGAGAUUGCGCCGGAUAAUGUUUAUAUGACUGCUCAGGAGAUGAAUAUGAAUCAGUCCACCUUAGCUUCACAGUUCAACAUAACAUGGAAUUUUCCGGUGGCUUCCGGUGGCGUUCGACACUUGAUUCGGUUGCAUUUCUGUGAUAUUGUUAGUCCUGCUCUUAAUUUGCUUUACUUUGAUGUGUAUAUCAACAACUACUCUGCAUAUAAGGAUGUUGAUUUGUCAUCCCUUACAUUCCACGCACUUGCAUCUCCAGUCUAUGUGGAUUUCAUUGCAGAUUCUGAUGAUUCGGGUGUUAUUCAGAUAAGUGUUGGUCCUUCUGAUCUUAGCAGUUCAAUGAGGAAGAAUGCCAUACUGAAUGGAGCAGAGAUAUUGAGGAUGGUUAAUGUCAUGGAUUCGCAUGCUUCGCCGAGGAAGAAGAGGAUUUGGGUUUUGGUAGGCUCAAUUGUUGGAGGGACUAUUGUUUUGGUUCUAGUUGUAGCUGCUAUUUUGCUUAUUGUCAAAUGCAAGAGGAAGAAACCAAGAGAAAGAUCAGUAGAAAGUGUAGUGUGGACGCCGUUGCGCAUGUUUGGAGGGAGUUCACAAAGUAGAAUGUCUGAAGCUGUAGCUUUUCCAUCUCCUGGUUCUUAUGGAUAUCUUGGUUUGAAGAUCCCUUUUGCUGAGAUUCAAUUAGCAACAAACAAUUUCGAUAGAACUUUGAUUAUAGGGUCUGGAGGUUUUGGCAUGGUUUAUAAAGGAGUUCUCAGGGACAAUUUAAAGGUUGCUGUCAAGAGAGGGAUGCCAGGAUCAAGGCAGGGCCUUCCGGAAUUCCAGACUGAAAUCACUAUUUUGUCCAAGAUUCGCCAUCGCCAUCUUGUUUCGCUGGUUGGAUACUGUGAAGAACAUUCAGAAAUGAUUCUUGUUUAUGAGUAUGUGGAGAAAGGACCACUUAAGAAGCAUCUGUAUGGCUCUUCAGCACAUCCACCUUUGUCCUGGAAGCAGCGACUCGAGAUAUGCAUUGGCGCGGCUAGAGGUCUGCAUUAUCUUCACACUGGUUUCGCGCAAGGAAUCAUUCACCGGGACAUCAAAUCAACCAAUAUCUUGCUUGAUGAGAAUUAUGUGGCCAAGGUUGCUGAUUUUGGUCUAUCAAGAUCAGGGCCAUGUAUCAAUGAAACUCAUGUGAGUACUAAUGUCAAGGGUAGUUUUGGUUAUCUUGAUCCAGAGUAUUUCCGGAGGCAGCAACUCACGGAUAAGUCAGAUGUGUACUCAUUCGGCGUUGUGCUUUUCGAGGUGCUGUGUGCAAGGCCUGCUGUUGAUCCACAACUUGAUAGGGAACAGGUGAAUUUAGCAGAAUGGGCACUUGAAUGUCAGAAGAAGGGAAUGCUUGAACAAAUCAUUGAUCCGCGUCUUGUUGGACAAAUCAAGGAGAGUUCAUUGAAGAAAUUCGGGGAAACAGCAGAGAAAUGUUUGGCUGAGUAUGGUGUUGAUAGGCCAAGCAUGGGUGAUGUGUUGUGGAAUUUGGAGUACUUGCUUCAGCUCCAAGAAAAUGGACAACAAGGUGAACCGGAUAAAGCGACUGCGACGAUUGUUCCCGGGAAUGCUUCUAGCAGCACAAGAACCGAAGAUGAUUCUGAUAAAGGCUAUUCUGACAUAAGUUCUAGCCAGGUUUUUUCUCAACUAAUGACCAAUGAAGGCAGAUAGAGAGAUAGGAUAAAAAAUGCUACAAAUGUUGCAAAUUCUUACUGAUGUACUAAAGAAGUAUCAGAUUUAUAAAGAGAUAAUCAUAGUUAGCUGCAUUUACUUAUAGUUUGUAAUACAAAUGUUAGAGUAAUCUUUGUUUUCAUCAUGUUUUAAGCUUCACAAUAUUGAAAC